AUGAUGCACGCGCAGCACGCCCACGUCAUGCAGACCACGGCCUUCCUCGGCGCCAACGUCAUGUCCAGCCUGGGCACCAUCGUGCCCAUCAUCAAGAUCCAGGCCAUCGCGCGCAAGAAAUACGUGCUCUCGUACACGGCCCACGACAGCCGCUACGCCCAGGAACACCAGAGGCCGGACCUCGACACGAAGGCCCGGCCCCAGGCGACCGUGGACAAGCCAACGCGACCCCGCGAAGAACGACCGAAGUGGCACGACGAGGCCAAGAACGACCUCCAGGCGUGCCUCGCCGAUGGCGGUGGCCACAGGCACGACGUCCACGGCUACACGCGAACACGACUCAAGGUCGACAACGUCAUCUUCGAGGUCGACAACGACAACAUCGUGCCCGGCUUCACGACGAAGGUGCUGUCCGUCGGCAUGCUGCGAAAGCAGGGCUUCAAGAUGUCCCUGGACACGGAACCCUACGGGUUCUACACCCCGGAGGAGGAGUGGGUCGCCGUCAACGAGCACGACAACUUACUCUACAUCGACGCGGAGCACGCGACAGAAGCUCCAACCGCUCCGGCCUCCGGGGGAGUCUCCACGGCCUCCGGGGGAGUCAUGACGCCCAUGCUCUCGCAGCCCGGCGACUACGUCACCGACGGCCGAGGACAACUAUCAAAGGCCUUCGCCCUACGCGGCGCCCGCAUCGUCGCCGUCGGCGAGAUCGACGAGACCGCGCUCGAGAUGCUCCGCGCCGAGCACCCCGACGCGCUCGCCAUGGGCGACACCGCGAGACUAGAGUACCGAAACGUGCCAUGGUCACGACACGCGUACCGCAUAGUAUGCGGCGGAUUCCCAUGCCAGAUGGUCGCGCCCCAGGGCCUGCAACUGUGCUGGGACGAUCCACGCGCCGCGCAAGCCCUGCACUUCGUGGCGGCCGUCGACGCGAACAAGCCACACGCGGCCAUAUACGAAAACGUCUACUCGUUCUGGGCCCUCAUGGGCCCCGAGUUCGACAAGCUCAUGGCCGCCAUCGGCUACGUGCCGAAGGUACCUGGCAAGACGCCCCGAAUCGAGUUCUUCCGCGCCACGGAGCACGGGAGCUGCCUCUGGCGCGACCGAAUCCACCGGCACUACGAGCCCGCGAACAUCGAGCUCGGCAACCUCGCCGAAAUCGAGAAAUCGAAGCUGUACGCAACUCCUCAACGGCUAGAGCAGCACCUGCUCCCCGCCAGCGAGGUCCCGGAGGAAGCGUUCCUUCCGGGGGAGUUCAAGCGCCUCGAGGCACCCCGGCGGGCCAAGGACGAAGACCCAUAUUCGCCACUCAUCGUCGCCACGAUCACGACCAAGCCCGGAGACAAGGUCACCGCGGGCUCCCGAGUCCGCAUCCGGGGGAGCGGCGACGCGUGGUCCGUGCUCGAGGUCCGCCAGCACACGGUCAAGCUCAUGCGCGACGAACGCUCCAACCCGACCACGGUCGAGGUCGACAAGAACGAAACCAAGGCGCGCUCCGGCGCCAGGUACGUCUUCGUGGCGGUGAGCCAGAGCGUCGACGGCAAGCCCGCCAUGGUCUUCACCCACGGACUCGCGAAGAAGAGCGACGCAAUCAAAAUCGGCAUCCCGGCGCACUUCGCCGAGUUCGCGGCCCGCGACAAGCCGCCGCGGGUCUACGUCUCCGACCUCGGCGGCGAGUUCGAGAGCCGCGAGUCCGAGGAGGUCUUCGCGCGGCUGGCCGUCGUCCACCGACGGCGGGCGCCGGAGGCCCACGUCGACGUCGCCGAAAAUGCAAUCAAACGCCUGACCGCGAUCGCGCGUACUUCAAUGCAGACCGGCGUCGCGGCUUCCCUAUGGGAAUACGCAAUCCACUGGGCCGCCGACUGUCUGAAUGUCAGGGCGGACCCCGUCUCCGGGACGUCCGCGUACGAGGCCUACUUCGGCCACAAGCCGGACAUGACCGCAAUCUGCGAGUUCGGCGCGAGCGUCGCCGCGCUCGACAACGGCCAGCGGAAACGCUUCGACCCCAAUGGCGUCCUCACGACGUGA